AUGGUCAAAACUAGUCCAGUGACAGUGUCUUUGGAACCAAGUAAGACCACCAUAGUUGCAGGUUGUCCCGGUGUACCAAGAUCUAUUCCUCGGAUUGAGACCGUUAUCAAUGUGAGAUCUGUUAAUGGUCAACCUUUUGUAAUUAGAUCUGUAGGUGUAGAAUUAAGAACUAUACAGAAAGUUAGUGUUCCAUCAACUAUUGGAUCUAAUGAUCCUAUCCAUGAAGUCAAAAUAUAUGAAGACCCAUUUUUAUUUAAUCCUACGUUUGGGAAUUUCAGCGAACAUUUGAUAGGAAUUGAUAUACCUGUAUUGAUUUAUUUACCUAAAGAUAUUACCAGUAGUGGAUUCAAUGUAAAUUGGAAUGCCAGCACAGUUCAUAAUUUACUAGUCAAAGUCAGUGUUGGGGAUUCAGUUGAGACGGAGUUGAACUUCCUCGAAACUUUUCCUAUCCCAAUUAAAUUGUAUGAUAAUUUACCCAUCUAUAGACAAUUCACAGAAUCAAUAAAUGAACUGAUUGUCUCAACUGAUCAACAAUUAAUGUUGGAAUACCAUCUAAAAGAAUCAUGUAUCGGACCUGACGAUAAAUUGAAUUUGAAUGUAAAGAUCAUGAAGAAUUCAUUAAAUUAUAAUGUGUCGCAAAGAUUAAAGCUCAAAGCAGUUCACUUUCAAUUAAAAGAGAUUCUAGAAGGUCAUGAAGGAGGUUUACCUCCUUACAAAGAUAUCAAAAUCUUUGAAAAGAUCCAUGAUGAAAGAUCCAUGGAUUUGAACCUCAAUAAUGAGAUUAACAUCAAUUACAAUUUCAAAUUACCUUUAAAUAAUGAUUUCUUGUCAGUAUAUGAUAAGAAUUUGCAAAACAAUAGUAUUGAUAAGUUCAAGUAUUUUGAGAAUAAUGAAGCACCCAUUGAAGUUAAUAAUCGAAACAACUUCAGACAAUUCCAAAUCAAUGAGAUUGAAGGAAUCCCCAUCACCCAUUACAAUAAUUUUACCAUUUUAGGUAAAUUGUUUUCUAUAAGAUAUGAAAUCAUCAUCAAAUUGAAAGUUUCUCAUGGUAAGGAUUUCCAAGUACGAAUUCCUAUAAUUCUAAGUCCAUAUAAUAAAUUAUCAAGUGAAUAUUUGUUGAACUGGAUUAUCAAUCAAUGUAAAGUCUCCAAUGAUAGGUUUGGUAGAGAUACAGUCAAUCAAUUGAUAAAUAGUUAUAAUAUCAAGGAAUGUAAUACGAUAUUGUCCAAAUACAAUAAACCUUUGAAGAUUUAUAAAUAUACCAAAACAGAUUGGAUGAAAUUAGGGUUUUCUAUAGAUUCUUUUGGAACACCUCUGACUUUGAGUCAGUUUAUAGAUUAA